AUGCGUGGCGUGUUCCUGACCAAGUCGACGUGGCACGUGGUCAACCAGGAGACCACCCCCACCUUCGCCGAUCCUCGCGCCAGUGAUGAGUACGUCAAGACGAACAACAUUGCGUUCGGCUUGAUGUUACUUCACAUGAGCACGGACUAUCAUCACGUGGUUGAUGACUGCGACGAGGCAUGGGUUGCGUGGACACGGUUGAAGACUCUCUACGGCGGAUCGCAGAAGGCGGGACGGAUCUUCUUGAAGCGCCAGCUGUUCAGCAUGGAGAUGGCGGAAGGCGGCAAUGUAAUGCAUCAUUGCAAUGAAGUUCUCAACAUCAGCGCGAAGCUCAGCAGCAUCGGCGCCAAGAUGGAGGAUGAGGACGUGGCGAUCUGCUUGUUGUGCAGCCUCCCCAAGAGCUACGAGAACGUCGUUCUCAACUUGGAGAUGAGCAGCGCGGAACUGCGGACGCAAGACGUCGUGAAAGUGCUGACGAAUGAGCACAUCAAGAGACAAGGGAAAAAGACGACAUCGGUGAAAACUGAAGAAGCGACCAAGGCCUUCAGUACCGAGCGUGAGGUUCGUCAGUGUACGUUCUGCGGAAAAUUGGGGCACACGGUGGAAAAGUGCUGGACCAAGCAGAAGGAAGACAAUCGGGGAGCUCGACGCGGCGGCAAUGUACGUGGACGCGGAGCGAAUCAAGUUCAGUGGCAAGGCUACAACGGCAACAGCAACUGUGACUAUGAUCGAGUGGCGUUUGCUGUUUCGCUGGAAUGCGGACUUUCAACGACCAAGAGCAUGUCUGGAAUGUGGGCGAUUGACAGCGAUGGGAACAAGGCUGCGAUCAACGGUGUCGGGACAAUUAUCGAAAAGGUGACCCUGUCCAACGGUGAAGAGCGCGAAGUCGAGAUCAAGAACGCGCUUUACGUCCCAAGCAUGAACAAAAACUUGCUUUCGAUACCACAAAUCAACAAAAGCGGCAAGUUUCAAGUGGUGUUUGAUGGUGGCGAGAUGAAGAUUUCGCACAAAGGCUCCAAGCAAGUAAUAGCGAUGGCCGAUCUUGUGGAUGGCCUCUACUGGCUUCGUACAUCCCAACGAUCGGUGAAUGCGGCUUCAGGACCAAGAGUCGAAAACCUUCAUGCGCGUAUGGGCCACGCACCGAUUGAUGUCUUGUGCAGAACGGUCUCCAAGGGCAUGAUCAAGGAUGCCAAGAAGCCAGCAAAAUUGAGCGGAUCAAGCGUGUGUCAAGGUUGUCUAGAAGGAAAAAUGGUUCAACGACCGUUCCCGAGCAAUCCAAACAAGCGCCAAUACGAUCCGUUUGAGCUUCUACACAUCGACACUUGUGGUCCAAUGGAAGUCGACUCGCUAGGUGGAAGCAAGUACUUGCUACUGAUCGUCGAUGAAGGCAGCGGAUGUAUGAAGGGUUUCAGUCUGCGCGCCAAGUCCGACAGCGAAGAGUGCAUCAAGAAGUACAUCAUGGCAGUACAGACGCAGUUUGACUACAAGGUCAAGUUCGUUCGACACGAUGGUGCACGAGAAUUUGCGGCGAAUUCGCUCAAGGCAUUUUACGAUGAUCAAGGAAUCGAGCAGCAAGUUACCGUUCCGUAUGCGCAUCAGACCAACGGCACGGCGGAACGGGCAGUUCGGACCAUUGUGACGAUCAGGCGCAGCAUGCUUCACUACGCCAAGCUGGACAAGUGUUUUUGGGCUGAAGCAGCAAUGACGGCGAUCUACAUCAAGAAUCGCCUACCAUCGCCCAAGUGCCAAGAUCGAACCCCAUUCGAGAUCGUCAACGGAUUCCGACCAAGUGUGAAGCACAUGCGGGUUUUCGGCUGCCGAACGUUUGUGCUGACCCCUAAGGAAAAGAAAUCGAAAUGGGAUCCGAAGGCUCGUGAAGGACUAUUCAUGGGGUACGAAGAAGUGUCAAAGGCAUAUCGAGUUUACGACAUUGAAGCGGACCAAGUGGUGAUAUCUCGCAAUGUCACAUUCGACGAAUCAACGCUUGGUUUCUCGCCGAUGCUACCACAAGAAAUUGUUGAUGACACUGCGCUGGAUAUCGAAUCGAUGAACAUCAGCGAUCAGCCUCACCCCAUGCAAUUCAAGCAAACUGGAAAACGCAAAAGCCGUUCAAACAGUCAAGAACAAGUUCUACAACAGACACUUCUUGAGCGUCGUGGAACCGGGUUAGAAGAAGCAAGUCCCCCGGAUGACUCUGAAUCGCACCAAGCGAAGCGACGAUCAAGCGCUCGAGACAAUCUGGACGAAGAGCAAAAGGGCAGUGACGAAGGUAACGAGGAUGCUACACCUCAAGUCUUUUGGCGAGCGAGUGCCAAUGCAGUCGAAGGUACUGACUUGUCUGAGCCGACAACGUUUGAAGAUGCUGUUGCCUACCAUUGGCACCAAGUGGGUAUUCAAGAUCAACGGAAAGCUGAUGGAGCCAUCGAGAAAUACAAGGCGCGUCUCGUGGCAAAAGGGUUCGAGCAGAAAUAUGGCAUCAACUACACGGAAACGUUUUCUCCGGUAGUCAAGUACGUGACGCUGCGCAUGGUGGUUGCAAUCACGAAGUACUUUGACUGGACACUGGACCAACUAGACGUGGUGACAGCUUUCCUUUACGGAGAAAUGAAGGAAAAGGUAUUCUGCGCGAUCCCAGAAGGAGUCGAAGUUGAUGAAGACUUUGACUGCUUUGAACUGGUGAAGGCGAUCUACGGACUAAACAAGCAUCGCGCGUAUGGAACGAGACUUUCUAUGAGUUCGUCUGCUCCAGUGGAUUUCAAGUCUCCGAUUUUGACCCGUGUCUUUAUCUAA